CAUGUUACUAUUACUUUUGAUGUCAACAUAUCAACUGGGACAAGGAGACUUUCUGCAGCCUCAGCAUGGGUAUUCAGUCUUCCACCACCGCCCAGCAAACCGGCUCCGGAUGAAUGCUUUCCCCGUGUGCAUCUGGUUAACCAUAUUGUCAAGACAUUCGGAUGGAAGGACAUGAAUGUCACUAUUAAGGACCACAUGACCAAAGCACCUCUAUCCAUUCUUACUGACGCAAAUGGGCUUGUAAGAGCAGGCGAAAUGAUCGCCAUCAUGGGGCCUUCUGGCUCAGGAAAGACGACUCUUCUGAACACGCUAGCACACAGAGCAGCCGCCGCUGGAGCUUCCACCUAUGGAGACACUCCCACCAACGGCCAAGUCGUCAAUUGGCAGACGCUUCGACACCUUUCAGCCUAUGUUGAACAGGAAGAUGCCUUGAUUGGCAGUUUGACAGUUUGUGAAACUAUGAAAUUCGCAGCCAGCCUCGCACUCCCUGGACGCGUCGAAGACCUGCUUGGAAGUUUUGGAAUGAACGCUCAAGCAAACACCAUUGUCGGUACACCGAUCAAGAAGGGGCUCAGCGGCGGCCAAAAGAAACGACUAGGCGUUGCUAGUAGGCUCGUCACUGAUCCCAAGAUCCUCUUUCUCGACGAGCCCACAAGCGGCUUAGACUCGGCACUCAGUUUCGAAGUUAUGAAUUAUAUCAAGCAGAUUGGAAGGAGAAACAAUAAAUACGUUUUCCAUUACAUCAACUACCAAGCCUACGUUUUUCAGGGCAUGAUGGUCAAUGAGUUUGAGAGGAGAGACUUUGAUUGUGCUGGCAGUGCUGCGGCUGGGUAUAGCUGCAUGUAUCAGAGUGACCUGGCAUCCGUAGGCAAGAUCCGGGGCACAACUAUCCUGGCGCAGUUCGGGUAUCGUACUGGCCUACAAGGAGAGUGGCUUGGGAUUAUGAUUGGGAUCAUUGCUGGCUACAGAAUCCUGGGAUGGGUGGUUCUGGUGAUUAAAAAGACCUGA